GCGGCAGCGCCGCUGCUCGAUCGUCUCUGCUCUUUCUCCUCGGACUCCGAUUCCAAUAUAAAUCUCAUCGUCGCAUCACCCUCUCAUAUACAUAUACUGUAUACUUUUUUUUUUUAUAGGUGCAUAAAAAAACCGGAUAGUGCAUCAUCUCUCGACAAAAUAAAUCGUCAUCACCGUCGUACCACGUACCAUCAUCAGAAAGAAAGAAAGGAGGGAGGGAAGAAAACAAAAAAAGAAGUUUUUUUUUUUUUUUUGUUUCCCUCGUCCCAGUGAAGGAUCAAGAAGAGAGGGAACAAGUAUAUCAACAUCCACCGCCUACUAUUAGCUUUUUUGCUGCUCGCUCAGCUGAGAGAUUGGCACACACGCACCAACCACCCACCCGCGCUAUAAAUCCCACACACACGUAAAUAGUAUCCCCCACCUUAUCGGCGUGUAACAUCGGGAGUGCGAGAGAGAGAUUUUUCAUCUCUCAUCCUCCCUCUGCUCGUGCUCUCUGGGCUUGAUCGGUCGGUGCGCGCGCGGCGCGCGCCGUCGACGAAUUUCCGACGGGAAGAGGAGAGGCCGCUGCCCCCCUGGGACACUGCCGCUGCCGAGGAAGAGGAGAACAAUCAGAAAACAGCAGCAGCAACGGAAGCUAGAGGAGAAAGAGGAGCAUAACUGCACUGCACCUACACAUAUUCUAUUAUUAUUAUUAUUAUCAUUGUCAAACGGUGUGAAGUUCAUGCACGUCGACACAACGUCGAAUACGAGGAAAACAACGACGAAGACGACGACGACGACGACCGGGACUAAGAGGAAGCAGUUGUUGUCGGUGGCUAGGCAGGAGAAGCCGUCGCAGGUAGUGGUUCAGAGGCAAUUGCUCGUGGCAGCUACCAAACGCAGAAGAGGACGACGUAGACGCGAAUCUCACGUUGGUCGUUGCAGGGUGAACGAGCUGGGCUCGACUCUGGACUGUGGCAUCAGUUUUCGUGGCGGUGGUGCGGGUGGUGGUGUCGGUGACGGUGGUAGUAGUAGUAGUGCCAUUCCACGGUUAGACCGGCUCGUCGAUGAUCGCAUCUUCCAGAGAUCUGCUGCAAUGAGCGCUCAAACGUCCAAGGAGAUAACGUAAAGAGGAGGCUCGCCCGGACGAGGGUAGAGCGCGCGCGGCUAUUCCGUCAUAAUGCCCCUUGCACCGUAGCUCGCCGCUGCUACUGCUGCUACUGCUGCUGCUCUCUGCCAUGCUGGUCACGCAGUCGCCCUGCUCCAUGGACAAUAACAGCGCGCCGUCGAACAUGAGAUCGUCGGUGACUGAGAGCAACAACGUCGUCGACAUUGACGAGGUUUUUCCGCCACACGUGGACACGAGCAACAUCGUCGUGCAGCCGGAAUCCCCGACCAGCAAGAAGCAGACCCUCAAGACGUUCAAGGAGAUCAGUGCCCUGCUCCAGGCGGAGAGGCUCAGGGAUGUCAAGAUCGUGCUCAGGGAGAACGCCUGGCCGUUCAACAACAACAUAAGGAGCCAACUCUGGCCGGCGCUCAUAGCACAGCACAGCAAGGGCAACAAUACCAUGGACGGUUACUACUGGGACAUGGUCAGCCAGGUCUUGGGCACUACGGAACUGCCGGAGCAACCGAUAAUGCUGCCUCCGUUUGUUGACAGUACGCAUCUCUUGGCGUAUAAUCUCACUCGCAAGGGUCGAAUGGUCGUCGACAGAAUCGUCACGGUCCUGGGCUACGCUUGCCCGGACAUUACGUACAGCCCCACGCUUUACCCCGUGACUGCGAUUCUUCUACAUUUCAUGCCAGAGGAACAAUGCUACCACUGCAUACAGAGUUUAGUGGCGUCAAAGAAGAAAAUGUUUAUCACGCAAACAAAGCUUCUUUACGAAGUGACGUGGAAAACGGUAGAACAAAUCACGAGAAAGUAUGUGAAAAAUGGUGCAAUUCAUUUGGCCAGACACUGUUCGGUGGCGAGGUCAGAAAGAAUCUACCAAGACUGGGUUUGGUGGAUUCUGCAAGCACUUCCGUUUCAACAUCUAGUCAGAGUUAUGGACUGUUUUUUACAUGAAGGCAUUAAGGUCUUCUAUAGGGUAGCUAUGGCUAUAGUUUUAUUAUUCUAUAAAUAUUCGUCACCGCAAAAUUCUGAGUGGAUGGCUGAAAUCACCAAACAUGGCAUAGACAAUACCUUCAUAAAAUUUUGCAGUACGAUACCGGUGACACCGGCAAAGUUUUUACGAACUGCAUUUGGUAUCCGCAACUUGAGUUCGGCUUACAUAUCAAGAGUAUUCCUAAGCAUCGAAAUGAACUUGAAGAGUCGAAACGUAGUGUCACAGAGUAAAAUGGUCAAGUCCCGAUCUACAGAUACAUUACCAACAAGUCAAUCACAGAUGAACAUUCAAAUGAUGUCCCACACCCUCACGAUAAGAGAGAAAGAAUGUGAAGACACGUACAAAGACAGGGGAGCGCACAGUCCUGGACCACGCGCCCCCUCGAUGGGCAUUUACCCGAUACAGAGUAUACGCUCUCAGAUACUUGACCCACCCGACUUGUUUACGCUCUGGUCGUGGCUACCCGUGCGGAUAACGAUGUACCAGCCGAUAUUGCUCUACACGACCGAGGAGCACGGCUGCUCGCUCACGACUUUCUACGUCCGGGUCGAAAAGUACGAGCCGACCCUCCUCAUGAUCAAGACCUGCAACAACGAGGUAUUCGGAGCGUACUGCUCGACGAGGUGGUGCGAGAGAAACAUGAAGGACGACAAGGGCCAGAGACAGGCGUACUUCGGGACGGGUGAGACCUUCCUGUUCAGCUUGUACCCGGAGCGAGCCAAGUACCCUUGGGUCGGCAUGGACUCGUCGCACAACGAUUCCCGGGUCCACCACUCGGCGGAGCUGUUUAUGGCUGCCGACUCGAAAAUGAUCACCAUCGGUGGCGGGGACGGCCAGGCCAUUUGGAUGGACGAGAACAUUAGGUACGGCAAGACCGACCGCUGCUCGACCUUCAACAAUCCGCCCCUAUGCGCCAGCGGUGACUUUGAGAUACGCGUCCUCGAGGUUUACGGUUUCCACGGGGCGUAAACGAGAAGAAAAAGACGAUGAUAAUGAGCCAAAAGCGACGACGACGCUUUGCAAAGUAUUUUCGAUUUCCCUACUGCCAUUUACGCUCUCUCUCUCUCUCCCUCCCUCUGUCUUUCUAUCUCUUUCUCGUGUAUCCUCGUUAUCUUCUCUUAGGGCCCAUUUCAUUGCCAUCCAACAAUCACGCAUCAUCCCCGUCGUCGUCGUCGUUGUUCAACGAAUCACGUGUUUUCCUGUCCCUUCGAGGCUGCGUUCAAUGCUUGCGCUUCUUUUGAGAAUACCGACCUUAUGGUUAAUAAUAUUAUACACAUAUAUUUAAUACAUACGUAUAUAAACUUGUACAUGUGAACGUGUGUGUGUGUGUGUGUGUGUAUGUACUCGUGACUGUCUUGAAUCAACCCUCGUUGCAAAUCGCACGCAAACCCAAACGUGUUAUGUUAUUAUUAUCGUGCAUACGUAAAUUGUUGGUGAAACGAGAAAGCACGCGGACAGCCCUAUUUUAACCUCGUCCUCCUUUCCUUCUCCUCCUGUAUGUGUUAUAUAUGUUGUUUCUAUCUUGCCACGAGGAAGCUUUAUUACGUAAGUUCGAACCGAUGUAUAGUUGUUAUGCAUGUAUCAACACGUAGAUAUACAUUAUUAUUAUUAAAAUUGCGGAAUCCGUUUUUUUUUCCUUUUACAGUCUCCUAAUCGACGAAUCAUCGUAUUAUCAUCAUCAUUAUUAUUGUUACACGUAGCAUAGGCCCCGUUGCUCGUAAUAAUUGUUUAGAUUUUCGAUUUGUUCGCUGUCCACCGGACUAAUCGUAAUGUAUAUUUUUUACGAUGGUUCUCUCUCUCUUUUUUCUUUUCUUAUUUUACUUUAUUUUAUUUUUUUCUUUAAAUUGUAUGUGAUAAGGAGUUGGCGGGAGAAGAAAAAAACAAAACAAAAAUUUAUUUUUCAUUCGUCACGUUGUUAUGAGGCCUACAUUAUAUACAUUUGACAAAAGUAUAAUGAUGUAUUUAUAUAUAGUCUAUUUUCUACAUUUAUAUCAUAUACAUAUGGAUAUAUACAUAGAUUUAUACAUUUGUUUUCUCUUCAUAUACAUUUAUCAACGAAUGAGUGAACAAAACAGCAGUUACUAUCUUGCACGUCUUGCGAGAUCAGCGCCGCGGCUGAAAGAACAAACAUUUUACGACAACAAUCCUUCAGAAACGGAGCAUCCAUGGGAUACCAGAGUUUCAAAUUUCUUACUUUUUUUUUUUAGAGGAAGGAAAGGGAAAACGUCAUUAGACCUCAAAACAAAAUGAAGAUCACCAACCAUUUUGUGUGGGUAGAGACAUACAUAAACUAUUUUUUUUUUUUUUUUACAUCAAUCAUAUUUCGUGGAUCUUGUACUGACUUAUCACCUAACAUAAAAAUGGCAGAGAUGAUAAAUUUUUAAGGAUUACUCGUCAUUUCCAACGUCUAUAUGUAUAGCAUUUAACCGACUGUGCCGCUGUGGCUCGUACCUUGCGUGUACAUAUUGAUUUAAUUACGAUUUUCGAUAUUAUUAUGUUUUAAGGUUGCAUCAUUAAUUGUACAAACGUGUGUAAUUGUCUUGUGAUUCCAGCCUUGUCAUUUUAGCUUUAAUUUUUUCUUAGCUGAUGAAACGAAAAUUUGUUUGCUUUCUAUUUUUAUCUAUUAAAUUUUUUUUUUUUUUUCCCCCAACAACCUAUACACUUAUGUUUCGCGGAUGUAGGAAUGUUUUUUAUGGUUGGUGCAACUUCAUUCGAUAAAAAGGUAUGCGAUUUACAAGCGGUGCUGACUCGUAAGCUCGAACGUAAGACUCAUUCGGACACGCGUGUCUUAAUUAUUAUUGCAACCCUUCCAGGCUUUAAAGUGGAGAAAAUCAUAAAUAAAAAAAUGAAUAAUAUAAACAUAAUGUGACGCUUCGCUGUUGAUAUGAAUAAAAAAAAUAAAUAAAUAAAAAAAAAAAAGAUAUUUUUCGCUUACGUUUUGUUCUCGUUAAUAACGUAUCUGUAACUCAAAACAGAUGAUGGCAGAAGUGGCUGGCACCACAAAAGUAUAAAAACGAAAGAAAAAAAAAAAUUUGUCGUUUACACGUUACUAUAUUAAAAUCGCAACGCGUACAUCCGAUGCGUGUGCAUGUAUUUUUCUUCUUCCUUUCUGCUAUGACGUACGUAUACGUAAUAUAUUAUAUAUAUAUACAAACGAAUGAUAACAAUAACAAUUACUCUGGUAAAAAUAUUUCUUACCCGCGCAAAGUAUUCGAGAGGAACGGGAACAAGUGAAAUCGACGUGACUCCAGUAUUAUACAUAUACAACUGAGUUAAACUGACUGAUUGUUGAAUGAUUAACGAAACGGUGAAAUUAGAUCGUUGUAAGUAAAAGUAGGUAGGUAUCUGUUUGUUUGUGAGAAUGUGGUGAGGAAGUUUUUCGUUUGGGAAAUAUUUUUACCAAAACGCGCGUGCCCGCGUAUACAUAUAUAGGCGCAAACACGUACACAAAGAUGUUUAUUAUAUUAUACAUUAAAAAUAUACUUAUAUGAGAUAGAAAUGUUUUAAGAUUCGGUAUGAUUGGAGAGAAAAAAAAUCACAUAACGUGUGAUUGGAUAUCUUUACGUUGGCGAGGAGCUGCUCCCUCGCGAUGUACAAAGUGCAUAUUGUGUAAGAUUAUAUAUAUAUAUAUAUAUAUAUAUAUAUAUAUAUGCGCUGUUAGAUAUUUAAAUAUCAAAUGUAAUGGAUGAUGAUAAAUCACCUAUAUAACGCGCCUGAAUAUAAAAAAAAAAUGAAGAGAAAAAAAGCACUUUUGCUCCUGACAAACAUCACGUGAUUGACUGAAGGAGAGAAAAAUAUAGAAGAGAGCAUGAAACGUGCGUAUCGAUGCAUAUCAGAUUCAUUUCGUUAGCGAGAUGAAUUUAUUAUUUUACUUUCCUUAGGAGAAAUAAAUUUCCUUCUGUCUUUCCUCUAUCUGUAUUAUUACUACAAAUUUUAGUCUAUAAAAAUGUUGAAAAAAAAAUAAAAAUAAUAAUUAUUGAGUCCUAAAGUAGCGAAAUGUACGAAAAUUUCCAUCAUUGGUCAUCUCAAAUAAUAUUAAAAAAAAAAUUAUUUAAAAUUUGUCUUGUUCGUUGACAAAUACUCAUAAUUUGUCAAGUUGUGUUAAAAAUUGAAAAAAAUUUCAUUUCAAAAUUUAUAUUAAGUUAUGAAACAUUGUUUCAUUUUAAUAAAAAUUAAGUAUCGAAAUAUCACAGAACAAAAUAUCAAUGUAACAAAGGACACCCAAUGGCUGUUUUCUACUUCUCAUUUUUCGAAAUUUUAAGUAUAAAGAUGUUAGUUAGGCGUGACAAAACAAAUGAAAAACUGUAGCACAUGAUUUUGAAGGUUGUUAAUGUAUGAAGAUAGCGUUGUACAAUGUAUAGAAAUAAAAUUUGAGCAAUCCUUAGGUCAUACCUGCGAGUGGCAAUUAGUGGCGCUAUUUACAAUCAACAAGUAACAAGUUUUUUUUUUUCAUUGUAUUAAAUUGAUAUAUUGUUAAUCUCUUCAUUAGUUAUUGUAAAGUUCGUAUUAUCUAGUUUAAUAUUUCGGAGUCAAAAACUGAUACCGUUACUCUGAAAUUUUGUAAAUACCUUUCGUUAUUUUUUUUGGAAAGGUCAUUAAUUAUAGCAUUUUUAGUUGAUCACCAAAAGGUAUUACGUCUAUAAUUUUUUUCAAUCGCUCAUUAGCACUUGCACAACUCUUGUUAUAAUUUUUUUAUAAAUAUAUGUACUUUUUCCCAAAAAAAUAAUAAUUAAGUUGUUAAAAUAGAUUUUUUGCGACGAUUAUGCAACUUGACAUUUUUUUAUCAUGAUUUUUUUCCAUGUAUUGUUAUAGAAUACUUACAAAAAAGGGGGUGCGGUAUCAGUUUUCGAUAUUGUUGCGUUUGUUGCUAUUGUUAAAAAUGUACGCACCAUUUAUAAUUCGAUGCUUGUACAAAUGUCGUAAUAACCCUUUUCUAUGUAUGUUUUUCUUAUAAAAAAAAAAAAAAA